UCGUAAGGAGUACAUGUGCACAGCGGAUUAACAUUAAUUAUAAUUUUUAUUGUUGUUUGUUUAAUUAAUAACAAUAAUAGGUGUAGUGCGUAGCGCGCGAGGCCAGUGUCGUGUGAGAGCUUGUAACCGCGAGAGUAGAUUGGUGUACGCGGCCGCCGAGCUUGAUCAGCAUCAAGCAAACGAGUCUCGUGCGUCCAUUGAUCCGGCUUAAACGUCACACCCGAUCCGCUCCGGUAGGAAUCAGCUGAUUAAAGCUCUCCCGCGAGUUGUGUUGCCUACUCCCGGUGGCUCGAGCGAACACGUUGUCGAUCACCGAAUUCGCCCAGUGGUGACUGAUUAACUUGGAUUAAACUUGGAAGUGAACAAAGCUUGUGGUUGCAAUGUGCCAGUGAUCGGACCGAUUACGUUGACCUAGUGACCAUUACCUGUUGUCUGACCGAUUGUCGUCGGUCCCACCCGCGGAAGGUGCACUAACGAGUGAAGUGUCUGAUGACAACAUUCGGAGAUAAGAGAGAAUUCGGAGUUUAAUGACGUGGUAGAUGCGUGGCUAAAACCCAGACGUGUUGUUGGAAAAGUGUGUGAACUGGUGUAAUUGGUGGUUUCGUGAUACUAGUGUACUACUAGCGAAAGUACUUUGUUUGAUCUCCAACGGUGCCCAAAAGAUUGUGAAAAUUUUUUCCUUCGGAGAGCUGCAUUCGUCGAUCGGGAGCCCCGGAAAUCCUACAGCACCAGCGCCUGCCAUCAACGGUUCUCCAGAUCAGCAGCAUCAGCAAAAAAUUAGCACCGUGGCGCUUCAUUCAACCGAGGCCCUGAUGGCGGGCUUUCUUAAGUCGACCGAUCUAGGUCCGCACGGUCCGCACGGAUACGGUGGUUCGCAUCAUCCGCACCAUGGCCAUCCGCACGGACCGUUGCCGCCCGGAAUGCCUAUGACAUCGCUAGCUCCGUUUGGCUUACCCCACGGGCUCGAUGCUGUAGGGUUCCCGCAAGGUAUGUGGGGAGUGAACCCACGGAAACAGCGACGAGAGCGUACGACCUUCACCCGUGCCCAGCUGGACGUCCUGGAGGGAUUGUUUGGCAAAACGCGCUACCCGGACAUUUUCAUGCGCGAGGAGGUUGCCAUGAAGAUUAACCUGCCCGAAUCGCGAGUACAGGUUUGGUUCAAAAACCGACGGGCCAAGUGUCGCCAGCAGCUACAGCAUCAGACCUCCUCCAACCUCAACAGUAGCAAGUCGUCCAGCAAUACGUCCAGUUCGUCCACGCGGCAAUCCGGCACGGGAACCGGCUCAUCGUCAUCAAACAACAACAACAACCACACUUCCGGCGGUACCGGUAGUAACAAGAGUUCGUCGAUAGCAAACGCAAACAACAAACCAACGAUCAAACACACACCGAUGAACAACCACAACAGCGGAACUAACAGUGCCAGUGGGCCAAGUAACAGUGCAAACAAUAAUACCAGUAGUCACAACGGUGCCAGCUUAGGGAUAACACAUAGUAACGCCUCCCCGAUCCUACCUAUAACACCGUCGACCUCGGUGAGUCCACCGAUAAAUGUGAUCUGCAAAAAGGAGCAACCGUCCUUCCACCAUGGCGCCGGUAAUGAUUCAAUGAAGGGUUCCUCCGGUUACGAUUUACUUAAGGACCAAGAUCUGAGUCUUUCGCAUCACACACCGGGCUACGUGAACAUUAACUCGCGGUUAGGUCAAUCGCUCGGAUCCGGUGGUGCCGGAGUGUCAAACGGCCCGUCCGCUGGCAAUUUGACUCCGCUCGGUUCUAAUUCCUCCAUCAUGACUACACCCUCACCUCCCAUCACCCCGCAAACCUCACACAAUCCGCUUUCGUACGUGCCAAACCACGAAACGUACAACUUUUGGCACAACCAGUACCAACAGUAUCCUAAUAACUACAACACAUCAUCCUAUUACAGUCAGAUGGAUUACUUCCAGAAUCAAAACCAGAGCAACUACAACAUGGGCCACUCAGGCUACACGACGUCUGCCAACUUUGGCCUUGCCUCGACCUCGGCACUCACCGGUCCGAUGGGUGGUCAGACCUUCAGUCCCAGCGGGUUAGACUAUAUGAAUCCCCAGGACAAAUAUGUAAAUAUGGUUGGAUAAAUAUCUGACAAUCCAACGACAACGAUCAGGGGGGACAUUUUCUUCACGCCUUAGUUCAUUCCACUUAAUUCACGAGAGAUCUGAAAUACAACUUCGUCAAAAAGUUUUGUUAUCCCCAUUCGAAGCUAGUUUUCGCGAAUUUCGCAAUCAUAUCAUACCCAAACGGACGCCGGUUGUUUCGUUCGCUUGUGCUCGAUCGAAUUUGUUUUAGGUUUCUACAAAAGAAAAAAAAAAACUAAUUUAUUCAUUAGUCUGCCAUAGGGAAAAUUAUCACGAAACGUUAGACAAACGUUUUUCUGAUUCUGAAAUCAGUGUGUAGAAAGCCGGAAUCAAUAAAAAUGAGGAAGAAUCGAUAUCAAACUGUUCAUAUCAGUAUUUUUGCUAGGAUCGAAAAGCGUGAACGCUUGGUUGAAACUCAGACAACAUUCAAACAUACAUCGACUUACCAGCGCCAAAUGUGUUACUGAAACUAAACGCUAUUCUUUUGAUAGAACAAGCUACAAAUUAUCGACUGGUGUAGGUUCAAGUGUGAAGCGACAUGCAAGAUGCCGGAAAAAGUCGUUACCAGAAGAGUUCAAGAAAAAAAGGGAGUAAAAUGUAAACGAUACACAGAAAGGUAUUAAAAAAUUUCACACACACACACACACACACACCUGUAUAGAAUAGAUAAGCCAACUGAAUGAGGUGAGAGAAUCUGUGCAAUUUAUGUUUUCGAAGACGAAAAAAUGAGAGUCAGCAAGCAUUAUCCUUGCAACAUAGCCGAAAUACUCAAGCGGAACUCGAUUUGUUUUCACUGUUUGCUGAAAAGUUAUCUUUUCCAGUCGUAUAUAUUUUAUAUUGAAGUAUAAACUUUUAACUCAAUCCAAAUGAGGUGAACAAGAGCAAAACACACGUUAAGAUUAGGUAUACAUAAGAUUAAACAAAUAAAUGAAUUAAAACAGCCCUUUAAAAAAAAGCUACAUAGUUGUACAUGGACCGCUGAUCUAGAGUAAGUAAUCAAAUGCGCUCUGCCGAAUCAUGAAGAGAGGGCGCCAACAAGAGAUAAUCGAAACACAUGAACUGCAGGACACAGAUAUGCCACUUAAUGGUCAUGUAUCGAGAAGUUGAUUGCAAAAUUAUUGAUUAUGAAAUGAAAAGAUGCAAACAAUCUUUAAUUGUACAUAGUAAAUCGAAAUAUUAUAUAAUUAUAUUAUCUCAAAAAUAAUAAAAAGAA